GAGUCCCGGCAGAGGGGGCCGCCAUGGGCGACGACAUGGAGCGCAUCCCCGAGCGGGAGAUGAAGGAUUUUCAGUUCAGAGCCCUGAAGAAAGUUCGAAUCUUUGAUGCCUCAGAUGAGCUCCCCAGAGACCGUUCCAGUCUCCUUGCCGUGUCAAACAAAUAUGGAUUAGUCUUUGCUGGCCGCGCAACUGAGGUGCAGAUCUUUCAGACAAAAGACCUUCUUCUGCAGAACGAAGCAGGGGAGUCUCCCAAUACAAUCGUGGAGAAUGUCCAGAGCGUUGUCGUUCCUAUGAAGUUCCCUGUGCAUCACUUGGCGCUCAAUUGUGAUAAUCUCAUCAUUUCUGUCUGCAUGGCCUCCAGCGACUGUGGGUCCUUCAUUGGCUUUUUUGAUGUCCGUACCUUUGCUAACCAGGCUAAACAGCAGAAGCGUCCCAUCGCUUUUCAUAAGCUGCCCAAAGAAGCAGGCCCCAUGGCCCUGGUCAGCGACCUGAAGUGGAACCCCGCGAACCCUGGCAUGCUGGCCCUCUGCGUCUCCGAUGGCAGCGUCUGCGUCCUGCAGGUCACAGACACCGUCAAGGUGCACGCCACUCUUCCUGCCUCCAUGGGUGCAACAUCAGUGUGCUGGAGCCCCAAAGGGAAGCAGCUUGCUGUGGGCAAACUGAAUGGCACUGUGGUCCAAUACCUGCCUAACCUGCAGGAGAAGAAAACCAUCCCCUGCCCGCCAUUCUAUGAGGCUGUUAAAGUCCUGGAUGUAUUGUGGGUUGGCACUUACGUCUUCACCAUCGUAUAUGCUGCUGCAGAUGAGACCUUGGAGACUCCUCCUGAAGUGGUGAUGGUUGUGCUCCCGAAAAAGGAAGAAAAACGUCCAGAGAGGUUUGUCAACUUCAUGGAACUCUGUUACAGCAGCUGCAAUGAGAGGCAGAAUCACUACUUCCUUAACUACGUUGAGGACUGGGAUCUGGUCCUAGCAGCUUCUGCUGCUUCCACAGAAGUCAGUAUCCUCUCAAGACAAGGAGACCAGAACAACUGGGAGAUGUGGGUUCUGGAAGACUCCAGCCGAGCAGAGCUUCCUGUGACGGACAAGAACGAUGACACCUUGCCCAUGGGAGUGGCCAUAGAUUACACCAGCAACAUGCCCAUAGUCAUUAGUGAGGAGAAGACCAUAGACCCAGCUCCGGUCCUCCUGCUGCUCUCUACCGAUGGAGUGCUGUGCCCUUUUUAUAUGGUCAAUCAGAACCCCGGUGUCAGGUCACUCCUUGUGGCACCAGAGCCUCUGCCCACAGAAGGGGACAGGACACCAAAAUUGCCAGGAAACACUGCUCCUUCAUCUACAGCUCCUUUUUCUCCUUCCAAGGUCGAAACCAUCCCAGCAGCAGCCAUUGUCCUUACCCCAGCCGUGUCUUCAGUUGCUGGCAGCGGGGUGCCGACUUCCUCUUUUGUGUCCUCAGCUUUAAAACCAACUGGGCCGUCUCCUGCUGCCCCCCUGCAGUAUUCCUUCCCAUCAGAGACCUCCAACCCUGCCUCUGGUCCCAGCCUGAGCGGAGCAGCUGGGUUCUCCUUCUCGUCGGCCUCCUCUACCAAAGCAGCCACCAGUCUACCCCCUUCAGCCAGUCUGGCUCCAGCCUCUGCCAGCUCUUUCUCUUUUGGCUCGGGGUCUUUUAAAACCGGUGUUGACAGCUCAACCGGACCUCCACUUACCGCCUCCCCCGCUGGGCCGAAGCAAAGUUUUUCCUCGGCAGCUUCCUCCGUCAAGGUCAAUCUCGCUGAGAAGUUCACAGCUGUGGAGUCUUCCACCCCCUCUGCUGGCAGCAGCCAAGGCGCCCCCAUGUUCUCCUUCACCCCGAAGGUUGUGGGGCCCGUAAGCCAGUCCACCCCCCUCUCUGCUGCUCCCGCCCCCUCGGUCAAGGCUUUGACCCCUGCAUCUUCACCAGCACGUCCCGCUCAGAGCGCUUCAGCCGUUCCCGGGCUCCAGAAAUCAGCCAAGAUUUCUCCAUCUGCGUCAAAAUCAAGCUCUUCACAAGGCCGCUCAACAGCUAGCAGUACCGGGAUGGAGAAGCAAGUUCAUCAGUGGAAGGAAUCGGAUCCUGUCAUUGCAGGGAUAAGGGAAGAGAUAGCACAUUUCCAGAAGGAGAUGGAAGAACUGAAGAGCAGGACAGCCAAAGCCUCUUUCCAGGUGGGCUCUGAUGAGGAGAAGAAGAUGCUGAAGACAGACUCAAACGACCUCCACACUUUCAUCUUGGAGAUCAAGGAGACCACUGAGUCCCUCCACGGAGACAUCAGCCUCCUGAAGACGAGCCUUCUGGAGGGAUUCGCAGGUCUGGAGGAAGCGAGAGAGAAAGACGAGCGAACCCACAACUCCGAAUAUUUGCAUCUGCUGUAUAAGAAGCCGCUGGAUCCAAAGAGCGAAGCCCAGCUUCAGGAAAUUCGACGUCUGCAUCAGUACGUGAAGUUUGCCGUUCAGGACGUGAACGAUGUUCUGGAUUUGGAGUGGGACCGGCAUUUGGAACAGCAAAAAAAGCAGAGACGCUUAAUGGUCCCCGAGAGAGAGACUUUGUUCAACACCCUCACUAAUAACCGAGAGAUAAUUAACCAGCAGAGGAAGCGGCUGACGAACCUGGUGGACAGUCUGCAGGAGCUUCACUUGUACAAGCAGACCUCUCCGUGGAGCCUCUCUCGGGACUCCUCCACCCACAGCAGCGUCCAGGGCCUUGACAGCGAACUAGAGAGCUUGGGUAACGCCCUGAUGAAAUUUACCAUGGAGUCUGGCCCCAAGAGCCUGUCCAAAGCACCUGCAAAAUUGUCUCCGGUGAAGCAAGCUCAGCUACGGAAUUUCCUAUCCAAACGGAAGAUGCCGCCCAUCAGGUCAACAGCCCCAGCCAAUCUUUCCCAGUCGGCUUUCCUGUGCUCGAGAUACGAUGAAGACUUGGACGACGUGAGCUCCACAUCUUCAGUUUCCCAGGCCCUGGAGAACGAGGAUUCCCAGGCUGGGGAGAAAGAAGAAGAGUUGGCUGCCCCGGUCUUGGUGCCCCGCCACCCCCCUGUCGUCCGGACUCCCUCCGUUCAGCCUGGCCUCCUGCCGAAGCAUUUAGGUAUCAGCAAAGCCCACAUCCCAAUGAAUGUUUUCACAUCCACCCCCAAAAUCGUACCCCAGGGGGCAGACAGCACCAUGCUGGCAACAAAGACCGUGAAGCACGGUGCCCCUGCUCCCUCUGUCACCAUCCCAGCACCUCAGGCAGCAGCAGAAGCUGCUCUGCGGAGACAGAUGGCCAACCAGAACCCAGCUGCGAGCACUUCCUUAACGGAGUCCACCUUGAAGAACGUCCCUCAGGUAGUGAACGUGCGAGAACUGAAAAACAACGCCUCUCCCCCGGCCGUCGCUACAGUAACAGGAUCGUCAGUUCCUCAAUCUACAGCUCAAGUCACACACCAGGUUUUGACUGCAGCUGCUACAAAUCAAGCCAACCAGGUUCCUCUGGCAGGAUCCCUUACGAUGCAGCCUCCGCCCACCUCCGCUUCCUUAGCGGGCGUCGUCAGCACGUCCACCAGUCAGACCACGUCAGGCAAAAAGAAUUCAGCCCAAGGGACAACGAAGACUGCUGCAACGGCCACUUCCUCUGCUGCAGCUCCAGCCCCGCCAGCUGCUUCCCAGUUCAACAAGGCGUUUGCAUUUCACUCCUCAGGGUUUAAACCUGGCGCCGAAAAGAGUCGGAUGCUACUUUGCGGGGAGCCCCUUUGGCCUGUGCUGGAGCAGGCGGGACGCAUGAAAAGAGAAAACCUCUGUCAGGACCAGCCUGGGUUCAACUUUGCCGCCGUUUCCUCCAGCCCUGCAGCGCCUGGCUUGGCUUCUUCACAAGCCGUGGCCACCUCUGUGAAAGAAUCAAGCCAUCCCGACGCAUUUUCCCUGGGCGGGAAUGCUAAAUUCGGAACUGUGCCUGAAACCCCAUUUACUUUGGGGUCCACAAAACCAUCUAACCUUUUGGGAGCCGCCUUGACCAGCAGCGGCUCCGGAGAUCCCAGCCCGGCUAACGGCCAAGCGGUCCCAGCUGCAGCUUCCGCUCCCUCCGCAGCCUCUACCAAAGUGGAGAGCCUUCCACUGAAACCCGGAGAGCCCGUAUUCCAAGCUGCUGCAGCCGGAGAGACUCUCGGGAGCUUCUCUGGCCUGAGAGUGGGCCAGGCCGACGAGAACAUCAAGGCCGCCCCCGCCAGGCCUCCCGGCGGCACUGCAGCAAGCGGACAGCCGCCUAAGGCAACCACCGCACCUUCCGGGUUUGCUCUGGGAAGCUCUCUGCAAGCUGGCAAACCGCCAGAGGCUGCCGUGACUACGGUCACCCCCGCCAGUUUGUCCUCUUCAGCGCUCAGCUCAGGCACCGUCUUCGGCAACGUCCAAUUGGUCGGCACGACGGGGGCUCCCGGCGUCUUCAGCGUGGGGGCGGCGUCAGGCGGCAGCAAGCCAGCUUUCACAUUCGGCAUCCAACAAGCCGGUGCCCCGGCGGCAUCGUCCACAUCCUCAGCGCUCCCUCCAGCGUCGUCAGCCCUCUCGUUUGGAAGCCUCUUGAGUUCAGCAGCGACCGCUGUCGCUUCUGCACCGCCUGGGAAUGGAGAGGCAGACGCCAAAACCAUCCCAGCCCCUGAAAAGCCAUCUCCAAACAAUGCAGGCCUGCUUGUGCCGGCACAGACACAGGGACAGACCCCAGAGGUUCCUCAGGAGCCACCGUCUCAAGAGCCGCCUUCUCCGGGAGAGGAAGACACCAUCAGCCUCAGCUCCGCUCCAGCCGCACCUGCCAAAGACACAGUUCCUGUCCCCACCUCCGGUGACGUGAAGGCAGAGGUGCCUCCGCCAGUCUCCGCUUUGGACCAGCAGGUUUUGGCGACCUCAGCUCCAGCAAGCAUAGCCUCGCCUCCAGCAGAGGCAACCAGCCCGCCACCCUCUUCCUCGAACCUGAGCGUCUCUCUCCAGGCCCCAACCACCAGCUCCCUGGCAUUCACAGUCACCUCGAGCUCGUCCGUGUUCGUACAGCCCCCGGUUUCCAGUUCUUCCGGCUCAGCGUUCAGCCAGCCCGCAACAGAUGCCGGGGCUGCCCCCACCACCGCCCCUGCGUUCGGCCAGCUCUCUGCGGCGACUACGGCAUCUUCUCCAUUCGGCCAACCUGUCCCACUGCCAACAUCCGCCGCCACCACCCAGGGAGCAGGCACCGGGUUUAACACGUCUGCUUUUGCUGCAGCCAGCCCCGGAGGCUUCAACCAGCCCGUCUUCGGACAAGCGCCGGCCUUCGGGCAGCCGGCAAACACAUCGAGCGGCUUCACUUUCGGCCAGGCGGCCUUCGGGGCGACUCCCGCUUUCGGCCAGGCCGCUUCAUCCGCCGCCUCGGCUUCCCCCAGCGGGCACGUUUUUGGCGUGCCGUCCAGCGCCAACACCACCAGCUCCUUCUCUUUCGGGCAGCCCUCCGCCACUGCGGGCGGGGGGCUCUUCGGCCAAAGCAGCACACCAGCUUUUGGGCAAGCUUCCAGCUUCAGCCAGGGAGGGUCUGUGUUCGGAAGCGCGGCCGUGACCACGCCGACAUCUUCCGCUGGAUUCAGCUUCUGUCAACCUUCAGCAUUUGGUUCCAGUGGUACAGGUUCUGUGUUCGGGCAGGCCAACACCAGCAGCAACCUCUUUGGCCAGCAGCCUUCUCCCGGCGGGGGCCUCUUCGGUUCCGGCAGCGGGGGGAGAGGCGCCUUCUUCAGCGGCCUGGGAGGAAAGCCGAGCCAGGAUGCGGCAAACAAAAAUCCAUUCAGUUCUACCGGCACAGGAUUUGGGCCUUCGACCACCCAGAAUACGUCGAGCCUUUUUGGGAACAGCGGAGCCAAGACCUUUGGGUUUGGCGCCGCCUCCCCCUCCUCCUUCGGUGAGCAGAAGCCGGCGGGCACGUUCAGUUCCGGCGGAGGGAGCGUGGCUUCUCAGGGCUUCGGGUUCUCCAGCCCAACCAAAGCAGGUGGCUUCGGAGCUGCUCCAGUGUUCGGCAGCCCUCCCACUUUCGGGGGGUCCCCUGGGUUUGGAGGGGUGCCAGCAUUCGGUUCAGCCCCAGCCUUUUCAAGCCCUCUGGGCUCGACGGGAGGCAAAGUCUUCGGCGAAGGGACAGCAGCCGCCAACACCGGAGGAUUUGGUUUUGGUGGCACGGCAAGCACUGCAUCCUUUGGCACGUUGGCAAAUCAAAACACGCCCACUUUUGGAUCCCUGUCCCAGCAGUCGACCGGGUUUGGCACUCAGGGCAGUGGCUUCUCCGGCUUUGGAUCCAGUGGAGGAGGCUUUGGCUUUGGAUCAUCGAACGCAUCAACCUCUGGGUUCAGCGGCUGGAGAAGCUGAGGAGAAGCCGAGGCAUUGCACCCCGUUGCCGGAUGGACUGUGCACAGAGCAGCGGUCUAGAUUGCAGUGAAGCAACAGAUGCUGAGCCUGUGUUUUCUGGCUCCUUUUGUAAAAACGGCUUAUUUUUUUUAAUGGAGAGGUCGCUCCUACUCUUUAAAUAAAAGUAUUUUCUCUGCUC